AUGAGUUUCUUCAAGAAGAAGAGCAAGCCAAAGGAUGACGCAUACGUUCUUCCUCCAGCCGGACGUUCGGACUCUCCGUCUUUGGCUAAAAUGUCGCGAAGUCUGAAGCGCAAACAGAAGACUGUAGUGGAAGCCAAACCUGAAAUCGACCUUUCAAUCGCUCUCCCCAACAAGGAUGACUUCAGAACCAGCUUGCUCAUGCCGGGCCUCUCUGCUCGCUUCAGCAUGCUCCGUGAGCAAGAUGACCCGAACACCAAGGUUGGCAAGGCUAGCGAUGACAGUGUGCUGUUUCCCAAGCGAGUGUCACGUCUCAAUCUAUUCGCGCACAACCCUCUGACAGACAUCGCCGAAGUCGAGUCCAUCCGGAGUAGUCUUAUCAGACCUCCUUUUGCCAACGACGAGCGCUCUCAUUCGUUCUCUGAAGGCGCCAGAUACUCACAUGAUGAUACGGGCGCCAUUAUGAGCAGAUCAAAGCCAGUGGACGGGAACAACCUGUUUAGUGGUCGUCAGAAGAUGUAUCGCAUUCCAGGUGUGGGAUCUAGCAGAGAUUUGAGUGCGUCGCAAACUUCGCUGACGUCGGUGAAACAUGUGUAUCAAAACGAUGUUGCAAUGUCGAGCUUGCAACAGCUGCACCUCAAACAAGACGAUGCACCAGUUCGUCAAGAGGGUCUGGAAGAGCGCGACGACUUCCCAGACCGGCCAGUCAGUACGGCAACAGGCGAUCACGAACGCAGCAGUGUGGUUAACACCCCCUCAACCGGCUUCAGUAAGAGUAGAGGAACUACCUCGUCGACGGCAUCUGGUCCUUCCCAUCGACGCAUUUCUACGGCUGCAACCUCGCUGGUAUCAGAUUCUCCCAUACCUAGGCAGAGCCAGGUCAGUGCCGGUUCUCACAGGUCCCAUACCAAGGGAACUGCGUCAGAGUACGGGCAGGAUGACGACUCUUUGAGACGGAAUCCUUCUUCGGAAUCCCGAAGAGGUGGUCGGGAAUCGGAAGAACAUGGUCAACCUCCACUGCCCUCAUCUCCACCUUUCACACGCCAGCUCUCGCAAUCAAGGAGCAUGUCAAAUUUGUCCGAAGGGCAUAGCCGUGGAUCGUCGCCUUUUCCUGCGAUCACACCUCGAGCGGCGAGUCCUCCUCCUCAGAUCCAGACCCAGGGACUUGCUUCUCUGGACUUUGGCCUCAAAUCGACUGCCCACUUGAGAAGAUUCCAGACUGCUUCUCCAACUGCAGAGGAAGAAGAUGGCGAUGUCUACGUUAGAAACCUUGAGCCUAAUGACCGUGGGAAGGCCACCGCGAUGGGUCUGUUCAAUCGUCCGUCACAGCCAUUUGACGAGCAGAAAUUCCAGGAACGGCAACUGCAGAUGCAUGAGGACAGAAUAUCACCGCCACCUGCAGCAAGCGGUCCUGAAGGGGAAGUAGCAAUGCAGCAACAGGAGCCGGCCAGCCAGGCAGACUCCGAUUGCCUACAUCCCGUUCCGGAACAGGACCCUGUUCGUGCGCAAGAAUCUAGCGACAGGCCAGCUACUGGCAGAUCACGGGCCCUUUCUGCAUCGUCUAUCAAGCCUGCACAAAUCCAUGCUCAAGCUGAAGCCUUGAUCAGACGUCAAAACGAGGAAUAUCUGGCUCUCCAAGCUAAAAAUGCUUCUACAGAGAACCCAAACCCUGAGCCCAAAGCACCCAAGACACUCAUCAACCAACCUGUUGCAUCGCGGGGCACUUUCCUCGACACUUUUGAUGGCAGCGACGAGGAAGAAGAGGUCGACAUUGACAGUCCUAUGUUGGGACGGUACGAACCCGCGCCUCGUUUCGUACCUAUGGAAGUCCAUCCAGCUCUUCGGGAUGGCUCGCACGGCUUCGACUUCGGCGACCAGGUCUCCCCAAAUGUCCAGAUUGCUAGGCCAAGCUCAGAUGCAUCUGCAGACACUUCCUCUCCAUUAGUCACGCGUGACACGCCCAACACUUCGGAUCUCCUCCAUCACUCCUCCGAUGCGAAGGCUUUAGAGUCGUUGGAUUCUCCCACUCUAGGGCCUGCAACUGGAUUGGGUCUGAGUGGACUGAUUCGUACUCACCUGCGCAACGACAGCGACAAGUCGUCCCUCAUGCCACCACCUUCGCCUAUACCUCAUCCACAGCACUCGAACUUCUCGUCAAGACAUAGAGACCCUUCGAUAGCCUCGACUGCUCGCACUCUCAAUCCACCCGAAAGCACGCACAGCGAUCCCUGGGAGUUCGACACGGCACACCGUCCCCAGCGUAGCCCUAUGGAACAAACAACAGCUGACCCAAUAUCAACCAUGUCCCAAAAAGCACAACAGAUCCUCGGACAAGCGAUGUCUCAUAGGAAUCAUGCGGCAUCCAAAGCUCAGCAAGUCCUAGGGCCGGAUGCACCUACUGCCACCGAUGAGCCACCCGCCGGAGUGGUCCAAGAUGACAUGGCAUCUAGCCACCAACGCGGUGAAAGCACUGAGACACAGAAAGAAUUUGGCAACGAGCUUGCUGAGCGUGCCAGGAGAAUUCAAGAAGGCCUCACACAUAAGGGGGUCGCAGAAGCCGAAAAGCGAUCGCGCAGUCCAUUCAGACCAGACCGCCAAAACCCUGCAGCCCAUGCACUUCACGCACUCCGCCACAAGGCGAGCAAGGCGUCUGUCGCGACAAGAGGAAUCGACCCACAUCCCAAAGCCAUGAAAAUGCUUGGACUCAAGGGUGCUCUUUCGCCCGAGCUCAGAGGCGGGAGUGAAUUUACUAACAGCCAUGACGAUUUUGGAGGCAGACCCACCCCAAGGCAACAUCCUGCUGAAUUUGAACAUGUCAGCGGAAGACAAACACCGGGCUCUGCUAGACCAGACGUCUAUCCAUCCUAUGCUCAGGAAGACUAUGAUCGUUCUCGCCAGCGAUCCGCUACUCCAAAUGCCAGAGAAAAUGCCAGAGGACCAAGUCGAGGACCGAGACGCGACCGAGGACUUCCAGAACAUGGUGAGAGAUCGAGAAGCAGGGCAGGUCGCAAUAGGGAAGAGCAGCCGUAUCCUCCAGCUGAAUAUGGCGGCACAGACUCUGCGCAACCAUGGGAGAAUCAACGUCCAUAUCAUGGGUCCCAGGGCCCUCGCAUUCAUCAAGGAACGUCAAGAGGGCCACCACCUGUUGAGCCGCGCAAUAAUGAGCGAUCCGCUUCAGCUAUGUCAAACCGUCGGCCGAGCGCGUCUCGACCAGGUCCACCCAGCAGCUACUUUGAUAGUCGGGCUCCUACCCCAACGAUGGCUAACUCUCCCCAGAUUGGUGGUGGGCCAAUGUCGAUGACAGCCCCAAGGCCAUCCCCUCGUCCACCUUUCCCUCACUCUCCUAUGAGCCCGUUCCUUCAACCUGGAAUGUCACCAGGGGUGAACGGUCCUCCGUCCGCGGUGGGGUCUGCCCUUCCGUCACCUGUCGGAUCACUACCACAACCUCCAACAUCUGGGCGUGUGACGCCUGUCGACGGUAGGCCGACCUUCGUCGGAAUGCGGAAAAAAUCUGUCGUCAAGGGCAUGAUCUCCGAACCCACCUUCAUAUCAAGCACUUCCUCAGUGCCGUUAAUGGGACUGCCGAACGGACCACGACCAAGCCAGAAUGCGACUCCUGCUAUUCCCCCGAUGAAUCCACGCCGCCGUGGUAAUACUUUGUCCGAGAAGAACGACGGGUCUUUCAGCCCACAACUACCUGAUUCGCCUAUGCCAGAGUCACCGCACACGCUUGGACUGUCUAUGGCAGCUGCGCAGCGUGCUUUCAUUGACCAAAAGCAGGAUCAGCAGCAGCAACAACAAAAGGUGCCCCGCCAGCGCAACAGGCUGAGAAAGAUCAGCAGUGAAGGCGGCAGUAUGGCUGCUCGAGCACGGAAGCAGGCCAUGAUGGCCGAGUUCGGUCGCGAACAAUUGCGAAGCCCUGCACUGCCAGUCUUUCCCAACCGAAGCGCUACUUCUCUGAGUAUGCGUCAGGAUGGUGCAAUGUUUUAA